AGGAGAAGGGGGAAAAGUGAGGGAAGCAAGAUGAGAAAGGGGUGAUGAAGAAAGGAAGAGAUGAAGGUAAGAAGAGACGAGCAUUAGGGGUGGUGGCGAGCCCCAGGCCUCUCUGCCCGCCCGCCGGUGCUUGGGACCCGCCCGGCCGCCCUCGGGAGUCCAGCAACGGAGAGCCCCGGGACGUGCCACUCUCCGCCCCGCCGCGGCCAGAGUCUGGCACGACCUCCCCGAUCGUCCACCCCCGGCUUAGGCGGCCACCUUUCCCCCUCCGGACCGCUGCAGGUUAGCGCUUGUGGUAUCCAUCUUUCAGCUUUAUUAAUCCUUUAAAACAACAAAAAAAAUGGAUUUCUUAAACUCAUCUGAUCAAAAUUUAACCUCAGAAGAGCUGUUAAACAGAAUGCCAUCCAAAAUUCUGGUAUCCAUCACUCUCUCCGGGCUGGCCCUGAUGACAACGACCAUCAACUCCCUUGUGAUUGCUGCAAUUAUUGUGACCCGGAAGCUGCACCAUCCAGCCAACUAUUUAAUUUGCUCCCUUGCAGUCACAGAUUUUCUUGUAGCUGUCCUAGUGAUGCCUUUCAGCAUUGUGUAUAUUGUGAGAGAGAGGUGGAUUAUGGGGCAAGUGGUCUGUGACAUUUGGCUAAGCGUUGACAUUACAUGCUGCACAUGCUCCAUCUUGCAUCUCUCUGCUAUCGCUUUGGAUCGGUAUCGGGCCAUCACAGAUGCUGUAGAGUAUGCAAGGAAAAGGACUCCCAAGCAUGCUGGCAUUAUGAUUACAGUAGUUUGGAUUAUAUCUAUUCUUAUCUCUAUGCCUCCUCUAUUCUGGAGGCACCAAGGAACUAGCCGAGAUGAUGAGUGCAUCAUCAAACACGACCACAUUGUUUCUACUAUUUACUCAACAUUUGGAGCUUUCUACAUCCCAUUGACAUUGAUUUUGAUCCUCUACUAUAAAAUAUAUAAAGCAGCAAAGACGUUAUACCACAAGAGACAAGCAAGUAGGAUUGCCAAGGAAGAGAUGAAUGGUCAAGUCCUUUUAGAGAGCAGUGAGAAAAGCACUAGACUCGUCUCCACACCCUACAUGCUAGAAAAGUCUUUAUCUGAUCCAUCAACAGACUUUGAUAAAAUUCAUAGCACAGUGAAGAGUUCCAGGUCUGAAUUCAAGUAUGAGAAAUCUUGGAGAAGGCAAAAGAUCUCAGGCGCAAGAGAACGAAAAGCAGCCACUACCCUGGGAUUAAUCUUGGGUGCAUUUGUAAUAUGUUGGCUUCCUUUUUUUGUAAAAGAAUUGAUUGUUAAUGUCUGUGCAAAGUGUGAAAUUUCUGAAGAAAUGUCAAAUUUUUUGACAUGGCUUGGAUAUCUCAAUUCCCUUAUAAAUCCACUGAUUUACACAAUCUUUAAUGAAGAUUUCAAGAAAGCAUUCCAAAAACUUGUGCGAUGUCAAUGUUAGUUUAAAGAAGUUUCAUUAUUAAAAUAUUGGGGGUUUUUUGAGGUGAAGUAACUAAAUGAAUGCUAAAUAAUAAAACAUUUAAACUUUUAAAA